AUGAACACUUCACCCCGUGCUCUUCUCACUUCGUUCUUCAUGCUCCUUGCGCUUCUCUCCUGCGCAUUAUCUGCUCCUGUUUCUCCCGUGAUGCGUGAUGUCUGGGUACCCAAAAUCAUCUCCCCUACAUCAGACUCUAUAUGGACCGUCGGAGGGACGUUCCUCGUCACCUGGGAUACAUCCUCAGAGCCCUCCCAGGUAACCAACCCUACUGGCCAGAUCUAUCUUCGCCAGGGCGAUGCAACUCAAUCCAAUCCCAUCAAGUCUGGGUUUGCCCUUUCUGAUGGUCAAGUUAGUGUCACGGUCCCUGAGGACACCACUCCUGGAAUGUGGAUGGUCGUGUUAUUUGGCGACUCUGGAAACUGGAGUGAUGAGUUCCCCAUCGACGUAGCCACAUCCUAA